AUGAAGGAACUGCUGAGGAAACGAAUAGGAACCUUUCCUGAUAUGUAUCAAAAGAAGCAGGAGCAGGACUGGCAAAAGACUUGGAGACCUGGAAACCCAAUUUUCCCUCAGAAAUUUCUAAAUCAGGACUUUGUUGAUCUGAGAGACCACUGCCUGAGUCGUGGCAUACUUUUUGAGGAUGAUACUUUCCCAGCACAUUUCAGUUCCAUUGGAACUCGCAUGCUGUCAGAAGAGAAAUUGCAUCAAAUACAGUGGAUGAGGCCAUAUGACAUACUAGAAAACCCCAAGUUAAUUGUGGAUGGUGUGAGCAGGUUUGAUAUUCUCCAAGGCGAAAUAGGUGAUUGCUGGUUUCUAGCAGCGCUGGGCUCUUUGACGGUGCAGCAGCAGUUCCUGGAGAAUGUUGUUCCAAAAGACCAAGGCUUCAUAUCCAGUUAUGCAGGAAUUUUUCAUUUUCGAUUCUGGCAUUUUGGAGACUGGGUGGAUGUGGUGAUAGACGACCGAUUGCCAUUUCUCCAUGGGAAAUACUUGUCAGUCCACCCACGCAGCACAAAUGAAUUCUGGCCAUCUCUACUAGAAAAAGCCUAUGCCAAGUUGCGUGGCUCUUAUCAGAAUUUGCACUGGGGCUACAUUUCAGAAGCUUUAGUAGACUUCACAGGAGGAGUCCAAGUGUCCUUUGGCCUUCAAAGGCACUCUUCUGAUUUACACCAGAUAAUAAAAGCAGCUGUUAAGUCAGGAUGCCUGAUGGGAUGCACCACUCCUGGAGGGCAGUCAAUAGGUAACAAUGAAUUGAAGAAUGGGAUUGUGCUGGGUCAUGCAUACACUGUGACAUGGGCCACAGAGGUUCCAUACAAGGACAUGAAGGAAUGUUUAAUCAGAAUAUGGAAUCCUUGGGGCCGAGGAGAAUGGAGAGGACCUUGGAGUGAUGGUGCGGCAGAAUGGGAUCAUGUUCCGGCUGAAUAUAAGAACUGUCUUUAUCAGGAUAAGAAUGAUGGUGAAUUCUGGAUAUCGUAUCAAGAUUUCAUUGACAACUUUUCCUUCCUGUAUAUCUGCAAUAAUGUGCCAACAUUCCUGAACUAUGGAGAGCACAACAAUGCAACAUGGUCCUUGGAUAUGCAUGUCAGUCAGUGGCCCCAAGGAUCCUCUGCAAGCGGAAGCUCUGGUGUCUUCUCAAGAAAGGCUCAGUUUUCCAUCCAGGUGCCGGAGCCUGAUCUGAAAACCUAUAAUGUUGUGGUAUCACUGAUGCAAAAGCCUCCAAAUAAUAAACACAAUUUGCAGUUACUGCCCAUUGGUUUCCUGAUAUCCAGAGGGAGAAUGAAAUCUCAAGAAGUAAACAUGGGCUUUGAGAAAGUACAAGAGGUUGUGAAGUACUUUUAUUUGAGACCUGGCAUCUACACAAUUAUUUUGGCUACAUCACAAGAAGGACAGGAGUCUGAAUUCCUUCUACGGGUUUUCCAGAGAAAUCAGAGCAAUAAAAGGGAACCAAGUACAAAACUCAAUCCAGUGGUGCCAAAGGAUAUGCCCAGGUGGAAUCAAGACAACUCUUAUGAAGAAGUCUUCCAAAGAUAUGCUAAUCAGGAUUCCUAUCUAGAUGCUUCACAAUUGCAAAGGAUUCUUAAUGAUGUAGUCCUGAAAGAUCUAAUGGCCAGUCUGGGAAGCGGAGAUAGAUUCAGCUUCGAUUCAUGCAGGAGCCUUUUAGCUCUGAUGGAUUUCAAGGCUAAUGGAAGACUCGUACUGCAAGAGUUUGAACCAUUGUGGAGGUAUCUCAACAAGUACAAGGAGCUUUUUAAAAAGGAAGAUGAAAAUAAAUCUGGAUUCCUGGACAUUUCCAAUUUGAGAAGGGUAAUACAGAUGACAGGUCUGAGUAUUGAUGAGAAGCUUCUUCAACUAAUGACAGUAAGAUAUGGCAACUCUUCCAUGAGACUCAGCUUUCCUGAUUUUGUGUGCUGCAUGAUUCGUCUUGAGACCAUGGCAAAGGCCUUUCGCAAUUUAUCUUCAGGUGGGAGACAAAUUUCUUUCUCUGAAAAUCAGUGGAUAACAAUAAUCAUGUAUUGCUAAGGUGGUGAUAUGGCUGUAUGAAUACUGAUUGCUCACUUUUCAAUGACAUGUAAUGUACAACAUAAAUUCCUAAGGAAAUUUUGAAAGUAAUUUUG